GCCCGUUUGCUCCGGCGGAACCUGCUCGCGCCUCCACCUCCGUUCCGACCCGAACCUUGAGGAAGGUCCGAACCGGACCUCAUCCGACGACGGGCAAAAGGGCAGAGACGCAAAACAAGCAGCGAGCAACGAAGCAGCCUCAGCGCAGCACCGGCGGCAACAGAGGACAGGAGUGGGUCGCGUCGCAUCGCAUCGCACCCGCGCGUGGGAUGGAGCGGGGCGGCACCGCCGCGCUCGCCUGCACCUUUCGCUCCUCCUCCUCCUCCUCUCCGGUCUCCCACUGCUCACCUCUCCUCCGCUCUCGUGGACGCCCGCCCGCGCCCGCCGGGGCUCCUCACCUCCUACUGCCAACCGGCCGGCGCUUCAGUCAAAAUAGGUUUUUAGAAACAAGCAAGGGGCUUAAGCGGUACUCGUUGACGACAUUCAGCCCAUUUGGGCGUCCAACUAGUCUGAACGAUGCUGAUUUAGUAAAAGAUAAGAUGCUAAUUGAUUGUGGAGAAGAGCAAGACUGUGUGCUUGAUGGGAUAGUCGCCUUGGGAAAAUUUGAUGCCCUUCACAUUGGCCACCGGGAACUAGCCAUGCAUGCUUCUAAAUCAGGAAAUCCUUUUCUUCUUUCUUUUGUGGGAAUGGCUGAAGUACUAGGCUGGGAGUAUAGGCCUCCCAUAGUUGCUCAUUGUGAUCGGAAGCGAGUCCUUUCGUCUUGGGCACCAUAUUGUAGAAAUGUGGUGCCUCUUGAAUAUCAAGUUGAGUUUUCAAAGGUCAGGUACCUAACUCCACGCCAAUUUGUUGAGAAGUUAUCAACGGAUCUUAGAAUAAAAGGUGUUGUAGCAGGUGAAAACUACAGAUUCGGCUACAAAGCCUCUGGUGAUGCAGCUGAGUUAGUGAAGCUGUGUGAGGAAUUUGGUUUAAGUGCAUUUAUUGUACGGUCUGUCAUGGACACCGCAAAGGGAUCUUACAAUGGAGCAACACCCGCCGUAAAUUCAAGCGACAAAGGACAGGUGUCUUCUAGUCGUGUUCGCCAAGCUUUGUCAGUUGGUGACAUUGAAUACGUCUCCAAAUUACUUGGGAGGAAACACCGCCUUGUGCUAACAGUGAGCGAAUGCUCUAUUAAGGAACGGAAAAACAUUAUAAUUCCCAAAUCUUGCAUGGUUAACAUGCCACCAGCUGACGGGUUCUACGAGAACUGUGAACUCUUCAAUGGAGGGUAUCUGGGACUAUGCAGGGUGGUCAUUAGCACAGAAACCAUUGAUAUUGAGAUGAAAGACGAGAGCAGUUUGUCACCAGACCCUUUUCAAGAAGUUCAACAAUUAGGGAUAGAGUUCGGGUGAUAUUGCAGCUCCUUUUGUGAUCAGCGGCUGGUCGUAGUUUGUAUACCUGGUAACCUUUUGGACAAUUUUGAGUCGAAACCUUAGGCGGGAGAUUUUUUGUUUCCCUAGAUGGAAGAUAUAUCACAGAAAUGAUCGGAGGUGUGUAUUCAGCCUGGUUUUCAGCCUGGUCAAGGUUCAUCAAUCCGAAGUCCAGUUCAUGGUUUGAUGGAAGGAUUGUCCCGGAGAAUGUUAGACAUUAGUGCACACAGCAAGAGAAGCGGGGACACGAAGGCGGCGGCAUUCUUUCCUGUGGACCGGCAAAUAAAGAGCUGUGACUGUCUUCUAGCAGCUGUAUGUAUUGAGACCAAAGAAGAGACUCAAUCUUCCAGCAUGUCUUAGUCCUGGUACAUUGUAGUCUGUACAUUUUCAAAGGUGUUUCCAGAGCUAGCCCCUUCUUUGUUGCUAUAGUUCACAAGCAUACUUUGUUGCAUCUUACAACGAGGAUGAUAUCUUGUUUGUUAGUACUACAUUGCUUCACGAUUAAGCAGGAUUUUUGUUGCCACAAAAGACUUGUAUCUACCCAGAAACUUACUUUACCCUCUGAAUAUGUUGUUAGCUGUAA